CGUCGUUAAAAACAAGACAAUAAUUAAAUUUUGAUUCUAGAUUUCUUUUCUUCUAAUAAUUUACUGAUACUCUCAUGGUUUGAACUGUGCGGUUUUUCAUCAAUCAAAAUGUUUGAAGUUUGCUGCCGCCUGUGUUUGGAACAGGCACCCUUACAAAACAUUCACUCGCUCUACGGUAAGCACAAGGAAUUCGUGAUACGAGACAAAAUUUAUGAACUGUUUCAAAUUCAGUUUUCAGAUACCGAAAAAUUGUCGACGGUUUGCAAUUGCUGUUUGGGAAAAAUUGAAACUGUUGAUGGCAUCCGUGACUUCUUCUUGGAAGCAGACAAGAAGUUUAAACAGUUUUUGGCUAGUAGUAUCGAAGAUCACGAUAAGAAGGUUUGUGCCAAGCUCGUCACCGAUAAGCAUUUGAAUGACGACUGCAAAACUAGCGUUUUCGCCAAAGGUAACAACAGUGCUUUGAACAUCGUGGAAGAGCGGCUAACUGAUGAAGAUUCGAGUGAGGAUCAACCAGCAGUUAAAGAAGAAGCAUCGCAGGAAUGUAGCAAUCAUCGAAAGUUAGUAGAAAUUGAAAUGGUUCACAGUGAGCAUGAAUCCGAACAUGAUCCGGUUAUGGUUGACAUAUGUGAGAACUAUUCCGAAUCAGAAAUAUCGGUGCUUGGCGUUGACUUGGCCUCGAAUCUCGCAGAACAUCAAAGCGGUAAAAUGGAGGAUGAUGAAUUCAGUGAUCAUCAGGAUGUAGUAAUAUACACUUCCGAUCAAAGUUGCGAAGGGGUUAUGACCUACGAGGAAACAAGGAUGUCGGACAUUGCCACUGAUGAUGAAGAGAUUAAUAUGAAAGAUUUAGUAGAAGUGGACAAUGACAGAACCGCUUCGAUAGGUGCUACAGGAGAUGAGGAAUUCAGCAUUGUGACUAUUGAAUUUCAGUGUAAUGUGUGUGGUGAAAUAUUCGAGGACGAUAUUUCUUUUAUUCAGCACACCAAUACAUUCCAUUUCCCAGAGUAUCCACACCACUGCAAGCAUUGUUAUUUGGUUUUCAAGACUAACGAUGAACUGACUACACAUGAGUGUGCUAAGAAACUCAAAAUAAUGGUUUGUUCAGAAUGCCCUGAACGUUUCCAGACCAUUAAAGAUUUAAGAAGUCAUACUAAAAACAUCCAUGGACCUGGUCACGAACCGUCUAGAAAAACGAACCUUUUCAAGUGCGAUUUUUGUGAUUCAACCAUGACUAACAACCUACAACUUAUAAGUCAUGGUCAGUUUGUCCAUCCGGAUGAGUUUGAAUUACACCAAUGUGAUCGUUGUGAAAAAACCUUUGGAAAUAUGCAAGCGCUACGAGUUCACAUGGCAGCUCAUGAGCGAAAUUUCGAAUGUAGCUUCUGUAGCAAGGUGUGCCCCACCGCAGUAGCAUUGGCCGGUCAUGAAAACACCCACACAAAGGAACAACCGUUCCAAUGCUCCCAAUGUGGACGAAAUUUUGCUCAGUACACCAGUAUGCGAAGGCACAUGAAAAUCCACUUCAACGAGAAGGCGUACCAGUGUGAUUUUUGUUCGAAACGAUUCCGUCAAAGGACAGUUAUGCUUACCCACAGAAGAAUCCACACCGGUGAGAAACCGUUUGCCUGUGAAACAUGUAGCAAGACGUUUCGGGACCACAGUACGCUGGCCAAGCAUAAGAGAAUUCACGAAAAGAAACAAGCAAACAACAAAAAGUAGGUGAUUUCAACCAUGUAAUAGAAUUAAUUUGAAACAAUUAUGUUAGCAACAAUUACCUACUUGUCUUCAAAUGGUCAAUGGAUUUAGAAAGGAAGCGAAUAACUUUUGUUUUGCUCAUAUUGAGCAUCCAUGAGCUCUUGCCCAUAUAAUAAAGAUAAUUACAGUUAACUCUCAACAACUCGAUGUCCACUAAUUCGAUAUCGAGCUAUAGAAUCAUUGUAAAAAUUAAUUUCCUGGCUACUGUGAUAGCGAUUUUGUAUGGGAUUUUUUAUUCUAUAUCUCGAUGAUGGUCCCUUCAAUAUCGAUUUGUAGAGAGUUUACUGUAUUCAAUAUCAUUAGCUCUGCGUUUAUUUUAUUGAGAAAAAAAAGAUUUUUUUGUUCAUGUUGACACCUUAACGCGAAGCUUACC